CAAUAAAAUUUAGACAAAAUGUCAAACAUCGUCUCUAAACAAUAAUCAUCUUGUAGUUAAUCUUCCCAUUUGAAUAUUCAUCCCCAUUUUCGUCAAGUUUUUAACUUUCCAGACUAUGAGACUCUUGGUUUCUAGUUUUCCUCACAGUACAGCUACGGAGUGUGGAAGCUACUUUGUGGAUGAGAUCACUGGAAUGCAGAAAGUAUAAGAAAUUUUAUAAGGACUGCUUUCAUUAAAGAACUUCCUUAUCCCUUUUUCAUGAAACUCAGCUUGCUUAAUCAGAGAUGGAGCAAACAGACUGCAAACCUUAUCAGCCUCUGUCCAAAGUCAAGCAUGAAAUGGAUCUAGCUUAUACCAGUUCUUCUGAUGAGAGUGAAGAUGGGAGAAAACCGAGGCAGUCAUUCAACUCCAGAGAAACUCUGCAUGAGUAUAACCAGGAGCUGAGGAGGAAUUACAAUAGCCAGAGUCGAAAGAGGAAAGAUGUGGAGAAAUCUACUCAAGAGAUAGAAUUCUGUGAAACACCUCCUACUUUGUGCUCUGGCUACCAGACAGACAUGCACAGUGUUUCUCGGCAUGGCUACCAGCUGGAGAUGGGAUCUGAUGUGGACACAGAGACAGAAGGUGCUGCAUCACCUGACCAUGCACUCAGAAUGUGGAUAAGAGGCAUGAAGUCAGAACAUAGUUCCUGUCUGUCCAGCAGGGCCAACUCUGCAUUGUCCUUGACUGACACUGACCAUGAACGGAAGUCUGAUGGGGAAAAUGGUUUUAAAUUCUCUCCUGUUUGUUGUGAUAUGGAGGCUCCAGCUGAUCCUGCUCAAGACAUGCAAAGCAGCCCACACAACCAGUUCACCUUCAGGCCACUCCCACCACCGCCACCUCCUCCACAUGCCUGCACCUGUGCCAGGAAGCCACCUCCUACAGUGGACUCUCUUCAAAGAAGGUCGAUGACUACCCGCAGCCAGCCCAGUCCAGCUGCUCCUGCUCCUCCAACCAGCACACAGGAUUCAGUUCAUCUGCAUAACAGCUGGGUCUUGAACAGUAACAUACCACUGGAGACCAGGCAUUUCCUGUUCAAACAUGGAUCUGGUUCCUCUGCUAUCUUCAGUGCAGCCAGUCAGAACUACCCUCUGACUUCCAAUACUGUCUACUCACCACCUCCCAGGCCACUGCCUCGAAGCACCUUUUCCCGACCUGCCUUCACGUUUAACAAACCGUAUAGAUGCUGCAACUGGAAGUGUACAGCCUUGAGUGCCACUGCCAUCACAGUGACUUUGGCCUUGUUACUAGCCUAUGUAAUUGCAGUACACUUGUUUGGCCUGACGUGGCAGUUGCAACCAGUUGGACAGAUCUAUGCGAAUGGAAUUAGCAAUGGGAACCCAGGGACCGAGUCUAUGGAUACUACUUACUCUCCCAUUGGAGGAAAAGUUUCUGACAAAUCAGAGAAAAAAGUGUUUCAGAAGGGACGAGCAAUUGACACAGGGGAAGUUGACAUUGGAGCACAGGUCAUGCAGACCAUUCCACCUGGCUUGUUCUGGCGUUUCCAGAUUACUAUCCACCAUCCUAUAUAUCUGAAAUUCAAUAUUUCUUUAGCCAAGGACUCUCUGCUGGGAAUUUAUGGCAGAAGAAACAUUCCACCUACACACACUCAGUUUGAUUUUGUGAAAUUAAUGGAUGGCAAGCAACUGGUGAAACAGGACUCUAAGAGCUCAGAUGACAUCCAGCACUCCCCAAGGAAUCUGAUCCUAACAUCACUCCAGGAGACAGGUUUCAUAGAGUACAUGGACCAAGGACCUUGGUAUCUGGCAUUUUACAAUGAUGGAAAGAAGAUGGAGCAAGUAUUUGUGCUAACUACAGCAAUUGAAAUAAUGGAUGACUGUUCAACCAAUUGUAAUGGAAACGGAGAGUGUAUCUCUGGGCAUUGUCAUUGUUUCCCAGGAUUCCUUGGACCUGACUGUGCUAGAGAUUCAUGCCCUGUGUUGUGUGGCGGAAAUGGCGAAUAUGAAAAAGGCCACUGUGUCUGCAGGAACGGCUGGAAAGGGCCUGAGUGUGAUGUUCCAGAAGAACAGUGCAUUGACCCAACCUGCUUUGGCCAUGGUACCUGCAUCAUGGGAGUUUGCAUCUGUGUUCCAGGCUACAAAGGAGAAAUCUGUGAGGAAGAGGACUGCUUAGAUCCAAUGUGUUCCAGUCAUGGCAUCUGUGUCAAAGGAGAAUGUCAUUGUUCUACUGGCUGGGGUGGAGUCAACUGUGAAACGCCUCUUCCUAUAUGUCAAGAGCAGUGCUCUGGACGGAACUUUCUUCUGGACACUGGGUUUGGCUGUGAUCCCAAAUGGACAGGAUCUGACUGCUCUACAGAUGAGUCAAUAUAG